AUGUCCCUCUUUGGUAGUGCCGCUGCUGCGCCGGCGUCGUCGGCUGGUGCGACGAAUACCACUGGUGAUAUCUCGAAAGAUGUCCCCCUCAACCAACCCCCAGAGGACAGCAUCUCGGACAUGCGGUUCUCGCCUACAAGUGAACAUUUGGCCGUCGCCUCGUGGGACAACAAGGUCCGCAUCUAUGAGAUUGGCUCGAGUGGUCAGAGUGAAGGAAAAGCUAUGCUCAAUUUGGAUGGUCCUGCCUUGAACUGCUGCUGGUCUCCGGACGGAACCAAGGUCGUUGGUGCAGGUGCUGACAAUAUGGCGAAAUUGCUCGAUCUCGGUGCUGGUAGCACAACUCCUGUCCCUGUCGCGAAACACGAUGCCCCGAUUCGAAGCUGUCACAUGUUCCCCAACCCCUCAGUAGGAGGUUCACCGCUCCUGGUAACUGGCUCUUGGGAUAAGACUGUCAAAUACUGGGAUCUGCGACAACAGAAUCCCAUCGCCAACAUCGAUUGCCAAGAACGCGUGUACACAAUGGACGUGAAGAACAAGCUCCUGGUUAUCGGUACAGCGGACCGCUACAUCAACAUUGUCAACCUUGACAACCCUACCAAAUUCUACAAGACUAUGCAAUCCCCCCUUAAGUGGCAGACGCGGGUAGUCAGCUGCUUCACCGAUGCGUCUGGUUUCGCCGUUGGCAGUAUCGAAGGUCGCUGUGCCAUCCAGUACGUCGAGGAGAAGGACUCUGCCUCCAAUUUCUCCUUCAAGUGUCACCGUGAAAAUCCCCCAACCUCUCGCGAUACCUGCAACAUCUACUCCGUCAACUCUAUCUGCUUCCACCCCGUUCACGGUACUUUCAGCACUGCUGGUAGUGAUGGAACUUUCCAUUUUUGGGAUAAGGAUGCUAAGCAUCGUCUGAAGGGUUACCCGGCUGUUGGUGGACCUAUCUCGAGCACUGCUUUCAACCGUGAUGGUUCUAUCUUCGCCUACGCUGUUAGCUAUGACUGGAGCAAGGGUUACUCGGCCAAUACUCAGGGCGCUCAGAAUAAGAUUAUGCUUCAUCCUGUGGGCGCGGACGAAACUAAACCCAGACCAAACCCUCGCAAGCGAUGA